AUGGCAAAGGUCCUACAGAAGGUUGAUGCAAUUGAAUCUGGAGUCAGAGAUAUGCGGGGUAACAUGACUAACAUCAGCCAGUUGGUGGAUUCACACUCUACCUCUAUCAAGCAAUUAGAGCAUCAGAUAGGCCAGUUGUCAGCAAUAUUUAAUCAAAGAAAGACUGGUACUUUACCUAGUGACAUGAUUAAAGAUGCAACUUUUGAGGUUGAUGGGAAGGCAAGGCAUCAGCCAGAUAAAGUAGUUAUGUUUGAUGACGACGAUGAGGCUGAUGAGCUAGUAUUGGAGAAGAAAAGGACUGAGGAGAACAAUGGUACAAAGCAAACAGUGGCAGCUGGACCUCACUAUUUGCCACCUGUUCGACAGCCGCUGCCUCCAUUUCCCCAUAGAUUGAAGAAAAAGACCGAGGAUGACAAGUUUUUGAAGUUCAUUUUAUUGCUUAAGGAAAUAUCAAUCAACAUCCCAUUGGUAGAAGUGCUAGAGCAUAUGCCAGGUUAUGUCAAGUUCAUGAAAGAUUUGGUUACAAAAAAAAGGACAAUUUUUUUUGAGCCAACUGACAAUUUACAUCACUAUAGCGCCAUUGCUACAAGGUUAUUGGUGGAAAAGAAGGAAGAUUCGAGUGCAUUCACCAUACCUUAUACCAUUGGUGCUUUUGAUUUUGCUAAGGCUCUAUGUGAUUUGGGAGCUAGCACCAAUUUAAUGUCGUUAGCUAUUACAGACAGAUGGGAUUGGGAGCCCCAAAUUGACUUCUAUGCGGUUGUUGAUGGGGAAUAG